AUGCGUUUGAGCAAAUCUUGCAUCCUAACUCUUGUAAGUUUAUUUCUACGAAACAUAUCAGCUUCCGAAGAUCAUGGAAAUACGAACAGUUCUCUAAAGAUGAGCAUAGAACCUCAAGCACUCACAAUCAGUCUGACACAAACUGCAGAGUUUGUAUUAUUUAUUCAGGAUUGUAGUGAUGCUGAACAUAACCUCACAAUAACAUGGGAUGUUGAAGAAUAUAUCGAAGUUAGUCCUUCCUUCAUCAUGCGAAAUGGAUGUAACGAUUCGAGGUUCAGUGUGAAAGUUGCAGCCACAAAGCAGGGACAAUUUAUCAUCCAACCCGUAAUCAUUUCGAGUAGCCCAUUCUACGACAAUGGUCGCCUGUUUGUGCAGCUUAAGGUAGCUAAAUAUCGCCCACUGAUAAUCAUAUCGAUGCUCAUUGGAUGGACUUACACCGUAUGCUGGACAAUAGGAGAUUACUUUCAAGCUUGGACCAGUUACAGACGCAAAAGCGUCGUUGGAUUGAGCAUCGACUUCCUGUUCUUAAACAUUGUUGGCAAUUGUUGCUAUGCAACGUUCAAUGUGGUUCUGUUCUCGAGUGAAUUUAUUGAGGCAGAGUAUUUUAGACGUCAUCCGUUCGGCCUCAAUCCUGUGGUGGUGAAUGAUGUUGGAUAUGCAGUGCACGCCGUGUUUGGCAAUCUUGUCCUUAUUACCCAGUGUUACAUCUAUCACAGUGGUGGAACUGGUUUGUCAACCGUUGUGAAGCUGCUCAUAUCCGGAUAUGUCAUGAUGGUGAGCGUGUUCUGUAUCUUGACGGUUGAACAACAGAUGCACUGGCUGGACUUUCUGUACAUACUAAGCUACGUGAAGCUGUCUACGAACCUGAUCAAAUACAUUCCCCAAGUGCUGAUGAACUAUCAACGUAAGAGCACGGAAGGUUUCGCCAUCUCGAACCGAUUGUUGGAUAUUACUGGCGGCCUGCUAAGCUUGCUGCAGAUGGUACUUAACGGAUGGAAUUACGAUGACUGGCAAUCCAUCGUUGGAAGUCCGGAUGAGUAUUAUCGAAGGCAUCCCUUUGGAUUGAAUCCGGUAAUCGGGAACGAUAUUGGAUUUGCGGCACACGCCGUAUUUGGUACCGGAUUUACCAUUUUUCAAUGUCGCAUAUACGAAACAGGAGGCAACAGUGUCUCGAAACCGGCGAAAGCGAUCAUUGCCACCUACCUCAUCAUCAUUAUCGCUACAAUGAGCUGUGCCAUGAUGGAUGUGUUGCACUGGUUAGAUUUUUUGUACAUCUUAAGCUACAUCAAACUGUCCACAACUAUGAUCAAAUACUUCCCGCAAGCCUACAUGAAUUACCGUCGCAAAAGUACGGAAGGGUUCGAGAUCAUGAAUCGGCUGCUGGAUCUGGCCGGAGGUCUAUUUAGCAUACUUCAGAUGGUAUUAAAUGCAUGGAAUUUUGACGAUUGGCGAUCCAUCGGAGGAGACCCCGUCAAGUUUGGUUUGGGCAUCUUUUCGAUUUUAUUCGACCUUGUGUUUAUGUUCCAGCAUUAUAUUCUGUACAGGAAAAGGAAUAUAAAAACACCGGUGGAGUUUCCUAUGCUACCCAAAGGUUCUUGA